AUGAGCUAUCAGCACGUUCCCCACGGAGACCACCCUCCGCCAGGCAAGAUCGCUAGACCUAAUCCGUCUGUGCUCCAGUAUCUAUCUGUCUAUCUAUCAUGCUGGUUUUUUCCGAUUUUGGUGGCGAUUUGCCAUGGAAUUCGCCUGGGAAAUGGAAGUCAUCCUGUUUAUGCCGUCUGGUUUGCGAUUGCGUCGGCGUGACGUAUGAUCUGUGCGUUUUGAUUUGUGAAUCUGUCGUUGGAUGGGCUAUGUGCAGGGUAUUCGCAUCAUUUUCCUCCUCCGCCGCCGGGGCACGGGCACCCCUAUCCUCCACCGCCGCCGCCGGGGCACGGGCACCCAUACCCUCCGCCGCCGCCGCCGGGCUAUCCGCCGCCUUAUCCUCCCCCUCCUGGCUACCAGGGUUACUUCAACGAUGGGCCCCCUCCGCCGCCGCCGCCGCCGCCAUAUCACCACCAUCAUCACCACCACCAUGGUCAGGAUGAACCCUCCUGCUUCACAUUUCUACAAGGAUGGUACGGAUCAAUUUCUCCUUUCACUGUUCUAUUUUCUUAUUAUAAACUAUUUUUUGGAUGAAAUAGUCUUGCCUUUAGAAUCUUUGUUUAAGUCUCCAACUUAUUCGUUGACUUCUCCGCCUGUUCAGAUAUGGUAGUUUCUUCCUUGAAGAUCAGUUCUUAUAAUUCCAUUAGUAGUAGUCGGCUGGAUGCCCCUUGAGCGUCUCAUGCAGCUGAUGGGAUCAUUUGAACAUAUGCAAUCUUGUCUAUUAGUCUUUCUUCUCCCGGAUUCAUAUGAUCUGGACCAAACUGUUAGGUUACCGAGUGCUGAUGAUCUGCUUGGUAUUAAUUACCCAUGCCACGAAGUCAAAGGAUUCAAGGUUUUUCAUGGUCAAUGCGUUGUUCUGGGUUGCAGUUUACUCAGUUCCAUCCGAAGUCAUCGGACCUUGUUUUCAACGUGUUUUUUAAGUUUUUCCGGAGGUUGUAUGAACUUUCCCGUGCAAUCUCAUGGAGCGUUGACCAUGGAGUUCCCCAAUAAGUGCCGAAAUGGGGAUGAAAAACAGGGCAGGUAACAAGAUGCUGUUCCUAGAAUGUAUGAGUGCCUCUGGGAAAGAGUCAAAUUGAUCUCACAUGCCGUUAUGUGUCUGAAGAAAUCAGGAGACGAGGGCUCGUUGACUUCAAUAACUCAGCUUCCUCGUGGGUCUAGGUAUCGAAUGUUGCAGUAAUUUAUCCGCAUUGUGGAAAUGAUCGACGGAAAUUGGUCGCAUUUCUAGAAAUCAUCUUUCUUAAGGACCCGUUCUGGAAUUUAUAGCAUGCUGGGAAUUGUUCAGAGGGCCCUUCUGACAGCUGCAGCUGAGGGCCGUUGACCAUUUUUGGUAAUCUGAUGUAUGAAGGUUUUGGCCCGGUGACCUCGGACCCAAGACAGAGUCAACGAGUGGGGAUGAACCACAGGCUUUAAUUUAAUUUUUUUUGUUUCUCUCUUAGCCUGUGAUUUGGCCUCGUUUUUUCUUCGCGUAGGCCAUAAUAGAGAUGGAAUCCGCCUCAUUGACUGACUAUAAACGCUUUUGGCAUGCGACCGAAAAAGUCAACGCUGACAUCAAUGAUCGGGAACCUGCAUCAUUCCUACUUUCAUGUCUAACAGAUUUAAGUUUUGUGUGGAAUUGUGAUCUCUCUCUCUCUCUCUCUCUAACUGGAUUGUUCCGUUUUCCUGUUAGCUUGGCGGCCCUUUGCUGCUGCUGUGUGCUGGAGGAGUGCUGCUUCUAG